AUGCAUGAAAUGGCAAAUCAAUUUGAAAAGAAUCAAAGGUUACAAAAGCUUUCGGAACAAAAUUUUGUUAAAGGUGAAAGUAUUAUAAAAUUCACUGAAAAUUUACGAACUUCAGGAAAAUUAAAAAUGAUAACAGAACAUGAUGGAAUGCGACGAAAAGAACGGCAUAUAUCAAGUUUUAUGCAAAAUCAAAAAAAAAAUCGUUAUCAACACAUUGUGCUUUACAAUGAAGGAGCAAUAAUUCUUAAAGUGACAAAAAAAGAUGCUAAAGAUGAUGAUUAUAUUCAUGCAACUAAAAUUAAAGGAAAUUUUGGAAGCUAUAUACUAGCUCAGAGUCCAAAGCGUACAACAAUAAAUUCAUGGUUACGUAUGAUUUGGCAAUUUAAUGUUACAAUUAUUAUUUGCUUAAUACCGCUCAUUUCCGAAAACAAAUGCGCCAAAUAUUUUGAAAAAGAAGAAGGCAAAAAAUUCAAUCAAAAAUAUUUUAUGAUUAAAACAGUUUCAUCACGAAUAGAAGGUUCAAUUACAACAUUUAUUUUAAAAUUAACAAAUAAAUAUGAUCUCGGAGAACGUACAAUAUAUGUACUUGUUUUUAGUGGCUGGCAAGAAGUAUCGAAACGACCUGUAAUAACUGAACUACUCGGUCUUCUUCGAGCAGCAUGGGCAGUUGAACAAAGUAAUGUAUCAGAUAAGAAAUAUCCAAUAUUAGUACACGGAGUUAGUGGUACUAGAAGAACUGGAACAUAUGUACUACUUUCGAUACUUUGCAAACAGAUGACAGAACGUGGACAACUUUCACUGAUAACAGCAUGUUUAGCUGUACGUAGUUAUCGUUAUCAUGUUAUGAAUAGCCUUUAUUAUUUUAUCAUUUUAUUAGAAGCAUUGCUAAUUUAUGCAGCUGAUAUUGGCUUAAUUGAUCAAACAAAACAAAGUUUUGCAAUAGCUAAAAAGUUCAUACGAAAUUUGGCAAUAAAAGAAAGAGAAAAAUGUGAUAAUUAUUAA